CCACGUCUCCAGUCUCCUCUUCGCUCGCUUCCCAUCGAAGACCAUGGCCAAGCCAUGCAAUCGCUCCCCAUCUCCAAGCUUGCUCGUGGCAGCUCUCAUGGCUGCGCUCGUCCUCCUCUCCCCAGAUGGAGCCCCUGUAGCGGAAGCGGUGAUGUGCAGCGCCACGCAGCUGAGCCCGUGCGUGCCUGCGAUGACCUCAUCCGCACCUCCUUCGGCUCUGUGCUGCAGCAAGAUGCGAGAGCAGAGGCCAUGCCUCUGUGAGUACAUCAGGAACCCUAACCUCCGACAGUACCUCACCUCUGCCGACGGCAGAACGGUCAUGCGCGUCUGCGGCGUUCCGUACCCCACGUGCUAGUGUCCGGAACCCGGAAGCUCCCAUGUUCGAUGCCGCAAUACAAUAAUAUCGUAAAUAAGGAUGCGUGUUGUACUAGUUACUAGUUAAAUCCGUAGAAACAAAGGAACAAACAAGCUUGCUGUAAUAAUUAUGUGAAGUUGAAGAGGUGAA